AUGCAAAGAAUUAACUUUGCUAGUUUCUUUUAUUUUGAGGCAUUCGUUUCUUUUGAAUUAAUUUGGACAAGUUUGAAUACCAAUAAUAGUAUACUAUGGAUUCCAAUCUUAUUACACUAUGUUGGUCUUAUAAUUAAAGUGGCUUUGAUAAAAUAUUCAGAUAAAAAAGUAUUAUGGAUAAUAGGAGUAGGGAAUGAUGGAGUAGUCUUAGGAUUAUUGUAAUAAGAUAAUUAAGAUUUAGCUUAUUUAUAUGUAGAGUAAUUUUUAAAUUUUUAGAUGCUCAUAUUGAUAUAAUUUGAGCUAUUAUAUGACACAAAAAUGUUUUAUAAAUAGAGUAUACUUAUAUUGUAUUGGGGCAUAGUAUCUUAAAUUUUAUAAAAUUAUAUGGAAGUUUGGAGAUUGAUGUUAACAUUAGGAGAAUGUAUUGCAUUACUUGGAUUUUUAUACUUUAUAAAUCGAAAAAAGAAAAAGACAAAUAUAGCCAAAACAAACUAAUGUGUACAAUAAGAGACGACUUUGAGUGCAAAAAUGCAAAUUCUUAAAUUAAUGUAUGAGUGAUCAGUAACCGAGGCCCUGGAUGACAGAUCAAAAAUUCUUUGUGCUAAAUGAUCAUUUUAAAAUUCUACAUAAUUAAUCUGAUAUCUGUUUAUUGAUGGAAUGCGAUGAAGAUGAAGCAAUUAGACAUUUGUUAGAUGUAAAAUGCGAUACCUUUUCAUAAAAUCUAGUAAAAUUAUUAUCAGACAAUGAUACAAAUAUCAUAUCAUCUCCAUUUAAAUUUCCAUUUAUGAAGCCAGAUAUUCGAACUAUUUUGACAUCUCUAUUAUCUGAUAUGAAUUCCUAUUAUUCUUUUUUCAGUGUAAAUGAUUUAGAUAAUAAAAAUCUUAUUCAUAUUAAAUUAAACUUUUUUGUCUUAAGCGACAACUUUAUAGAUUAUUUAAUAAUCCAAUUUGAACCUUAAAUGAAAUCAAUUAAUAAAUCUGUUUGUACUUAUCCUGAUAACUUUAAAUUAAAUAAUACAAAUAAUUUCUAUAAUAACUCAAACAAUUCAAAGCAAACUUAUGAAUCUUUAUCAAGUGAAUUAUUAGGGAAUAUAUUUUAAUCUAUUUCUCAUGAAUUUGGAACAUUUCUCAAUUGUAUUUUGAGUGUUUCAUCUGAAGCAAUGGAUAAUGAAUUAAUCAAUGAACAAGUCAAAGCAACUUAUAUUGAACCUAUUUAUAUCAACUCUAAAUUACUCUCUUAUGUAUUAUAGAAUGUGAGAGAUUUCAAUACUAUUUUAUUAAAGUAAUUUGCUUUGAGACUCUAAGAAUUCAGUCCCUAUGAAAUUAUUUAAGAGAUUUAAUAUUUACUGAAUUAAUAAACAACAUAAAGAAAUAAUUAAAUUAUUAUAAAUUGUCCAUAAUAACUUCUUGUUUAUAAUGAUCAAGAUAGAUUUAAAUAAGUAUUAUAUCAAUUAAUGAGUAAUUCUAUAAGAUUCACUGAAAAUGGUAUCAUCACAAUAUCAAUUGCUUUUUAUAAGGAUAAAAUUAAGGUUAAAGUGAAAGAUAAUGGUAUUGGAAUGAAUUAGGCUGAAUAAUUUAAAUUACAAAAAUUAUUGAAUGACAAUAAAAAAUUAUUAAGAAUUUCUCAUAAUUCUGUUGGAUGUGGAUUAGGUUUAAGUAUUUCAAAUGCAAUAGUAUUGAAAAUGAAUGGAAAGCAUGGAAUUCAAUUUACUAGUGAAUUAUAAAAGGGAAGUGAAUUCUUCUUUACAAUAUCAAAUUCUUAGUAACUCUAUAAUGAUAGUGUGUAUGUAGCUAGUCAAACUUAUGUGAAAGUGUUAAAUUAAACCUAUUAUUUAGAAUAAUAACCAAUGUCUGAUAGCUCACAUAAAGGGUAUCAUUAAAGUAAUAGUAAUCAAAAAGAUGAAAAUGGUGAUACAUGGAGAGAAAAAAGUUUAUUUUAGAACUAAGUUAGAUGUCUCAAAUCAACUGAUACUAAAUCAUUAUUUGGAUUAACUCAGAAAUUGUAAUUAGAAGAGGACGAAAUUGAAUCAAGAUAAGAAGAGUCCAAAAUUAUGAUUCCUUCUCUUUAAGCUAGCUUUAAGUCAGAUAUAGUUAAAUUCAGUAUUGGAAGCAAUUGUUGCAGUAGAGUUUUAAUUGUAGAUGAUGAAUAUUUUAAUAUUUAAAGUCUACAAUUGAUUUUACAUAGAUUUAAUGCACAUUGUGAUUUCACUUUCAAUGGGCAAGAAGCUUUAAAGAAGACUCUUUAAAAAAUGAAGGAACCUUGUCGACAAUGUUAAAAUAAUGGUUAUGUUUUAUUUUUUCUCGACCUCAAUAUGCCAAUAAUGGAUGGAUUUGAUACAGUUCUAAAUUUGAAGAAAAUGAUGCAUGAAAAUCAAAUUCCAAAAGGAAUCUGUAUUGCAAAUACUGGUUAUGCUGAUUUAGAAAGCAAACAAAAAGCAUUAAAUUCAGGAAUGGACUUUUAUAUGAUAAAACCUAUACAAAUAAAGGAAUUAGAGAUAUAUUUAAAGAGAAGAUUUCCUUAAUGA